GCUCAGUGUGUUCGAGCGGCCGGCCAUUGAACCAUGCCCCAGCCUGAGCCCCGGGACAGCUGAGUCUACAGGGAGGAGCACAUCUUUGGAGGAAGUAGGGCCUCGGCAGAAAUAAAGGCGCUUAUAUUGUGAUUUCCAGCUGCAGGACAGAAGGAGUGAGUGGAGGGGAGCACCUCAAAAGACUGGGACAAAGAGAGACAGAGAUGAGUCCUGAUCACUGCGGCCCGUUGAAGACACAACACAGCACACACGUGAAACUAUAACUGCAGGAAACACACCCCCACCACUGGUGACAAAAAAAAAGGGAGGCCUGGGGGGACGGAGCACCAGUAGCUGUCCAUCUAUCCAUCUGACCAGCUUGCAGCAAUGCAGGGGCUGAUGUGGAGCCUAUGCGCUCUGCUUUGCCUCUCUCUCUGGGAGGAAAGUUACUGCAGGAGCUCCAGGGAAGCCCGGAGGACCAAAGUGCCUUCUCUCCACAGGAGUAAAAGAGCCCCUCUGGACCCCAAUGCCAAAAAGUGUUCCUACACUUUCCUUGUGCCUGAGCAGAGAAUCACAGGUCCAAUCUGUGCCAGCACCACAGGACCCGAGCCUGACAAGGACAGAGUGACCCGUAUGGACAUAGCAGAUGUGCGGGAGGUACUCAGCAAACAGCGGCGUGAGAUCGAGACGCUGCAGCUGGUGGUGGAUGUUGAUGGUAACUUGGUGAAUGAGAUGAAGCUGUUGCGGAAAGAGAGCAGGAACAUGAACUCCAGGGUGACCCAACUCUAUAUGCAGCUGCUCCAUGAGAUCAUCAGGAAAAGAGACAACUCUCUGGAGCUAGCCCAGCUGGAAAAUCGCGUCCUCAAUGUGACCUCUGAGAUGAUGCGACUGGCUUCAAGGUACAAGGAGCUGGAGUCCCGGUAUGCCAUAAUGGCCGGGGUGGUCAACAACCAGUCAGUUCUCAUCUCUGCACUGGAGGAGCAGUGUAUGAGGACUCUGGGACGCAGUGAGCUGCCGGUAGUACCCCCACUGGUACAAGUGGUACCGCAGAAUAUACCAGUUAACAAUCGUUUCACCAAUGAGAUACAGAGGGACAAUAACAACCGAGCCUUUCCCAGAGGAUCACGCAUGGACACCCCUACUGCAAGCCCAUUUGGCAUUGACCCUCCACCACCACAGGGAACACUGACUUCUGAUGGUCCCUUCAAGGACUGUUUCCAGGUGCGACAGGCCGGCCAUGCCACCAGUGGGAUGUACCUGCUUAAGACAGACGCCAAUGAUAGGCUGAUCCAAGCCUGGUGUGAACAUGGCCUUGACAAUGGUGGAUGGACGGUGUUGCAGAGGAGGAAGGAUGGCUCUGUUAACUUCUUUCGGAAUUGGGAGAACUACAAGAAAGGAUUUGGCAACAUAGACGGUGAACACUGGCUUGGGCUGGACAACAUCUACAACCUGGGGAAACAGGGCGACUAUAAGCUGAUGGUAGAGCUGGAGGACUGGACAGGGAAGAAGGUGUAUGCCGAGUACAGCAGCUUCCACCUGGAGUCAGAGAGCGAGGGUUAUCGAUUGAGGCUCGGCACCUACCAGGGCAAUGCCGGGGACUCCUUCAGCAGUCACAACGGCAAACAGUUCACCACUCUCGAUCGCGACAAGGACGCAUUUUCUGGUAACUGCGCCCACUUCCAUAAGGGUGGCUGGUGGUACAACGCUUGUGGCCAGACCAACCUGAAUGGCGUAUGGUACAGCGGAGGAGUUUACCGCAGCAAAUUUCAGGAUGGAAUCUUCUGGGCAGAUUACGGUGGAGGUUUCUAUUCCCUCAAGUCAGUCCGCCUCAUGAUCCGACCGAUCGACUGAAACUCUGGACUGUGGUUCCCUUCAAAUGCACCUCCUAAUCUUCAUCUAGUCAUAAACAAAUACUGUAAUGGCAGGACCAGGAAUCUCCUCCAUCGUACAACAGUGCCUUGUAAAAUACAAAGGAGGAAGAGAUGGUCAUUAAAGACUCCAGCACUCUGUGCAGUGGCCCAAGCUGACUCUAACUGUGAGAUGAACACUCAUGCCAUUGCCCUCCUAAAGUAACUGCCUCCACCUUUCCGUCUGGAAAGUAAUGAUCCGUCAAGCUCCCUGGGACCAUUAAGUAUUACUCUCAAGUGCCCUAUCUUACUCACUCUUGUUCAAACUCAGUAUGUAAUAAAGGGAAAUGGUCAUUUACUAAGUAAUUUUCUUCUGAGCAGCUAAUGGUGACUUAUUGAAAGUAGUGUUGCCCAUAUCGAAAGGUACUGGAUGUACUGGGAUGUUUGAUGCAGUUUAAAGGUGUGUUGCCAAUUAGAAAACAUGACAAUCAACCAUUAGAGGACAGGCCUUGUUAAACCUACUGUCUACUUGUUUCUGGGUUUUGUCUGGACUUUUGGAGUUUAUUUUGUUAAACGUGUGCAACAAUGUCCUUUACCAAUGUGCAUGUGGCUGAGCUGGCUUUGGUAUGUAAAUAUCUUUGGCUUUAUUUGUGAAAGGUAAUUUAAGAGGUGUGAUUCAACUCAGGCCAAAUGUUCACAAUGUUGUCACUCUGCCAUUCUUUGUUAUUUAUCAGUGUAUUUAUAGUAAGUAUAGUCAUGGCCAUUUUAUAUCUACCCCUGUAACAAUGCAAUUCUUAAUAUUGUUUAUCCCAUGUAGAGAUACACUAAUGACACUUGAACAGAAGGACAAACACACACAUACAAACACACACACACACACAUCCAGAUUGGAUGUCUUGUUGACUUGAGAACUGAGAAUAUGUGACACGCACUACCUGUUUUCAUCAUUCAAAUUAAAUCCAUUUGUAAACAAUGAAUAGUCUGUCACUCUGUACA